AUGGUACUUCUUGACAAGCUUGCCCACGUCGGCACCGACCCGUUCAUCGAAACAAGAAAUUAUUUUCCAGAUGACAGUAAUAUUGAUGACGUUCGCUCAGCUUUCAUUGCUUUGGCAAAGAAAUAUCACCCAGACAGUGGAUCUCCAGAUGCUGAUGCUAAAAAGUUUCAAGAGGUAGAAUCGGCAUACCGCACCCUACGAGCCAAAUUUUCUAAUGACCAGAAAACUAAAGUAGAUGAGGAAAGUUUAAAUGUUGAUGUGCAGGAACAUGAUAUUCAGCACACAGCUCCACAGCACAGACAAUAUCUUAGCUAUGAUGGGGUUGGUUCUGGUACACCAGCACAACGUCAAAAGCAAUACCAGAAAAAGAGAGCUAUGGAUGCUGCAGACAACGUGAUGUCGCAUCGAAUGCGCAAUCUAAAUUUAAACUGCAGUCAUAAUAGGGAAGAAGCUCUUGUUGCCAAAGAUAAAGUUGAAGCACGAAAAAUAAAAACCAGGUAUGGUAUGGACCGGUUGGUAGAAGAUUUAAUUCAGGAAUCAAUGUCAAAAGGUGACUUUGACAACCUGUCGGGUAAAGGAAAGCCUCUAAAGCAAGGUGUGGCAAACCCAUAUGUGGAUUUUACCACCCAUAAAUUGAAUGAGGUUUUGAUUGACAAUGGUUUCACUCCUGAAUGGAUUCUUCUCCAAAAAGAAAUCAGAGAAGAGCGUGACUUGAUUCGUGAAAACCUAACUUUAAAAAGAAAAUCGCUGGGACCUCUUCCACUUUCAUACCACGAAGAGCAUGUCUGGAAACAUGCCGUUGAAAGUUGUCAAACAUUGGUUCAACAAGUGAAUACCAAAAUAAAUAAAUAUAAUCUUGUUGUGCCUAUACUUCAGAAGCAAAUGUUACUGGUGCAACUAGAUAGAGAGGCUAAUAAAAUCCUACAAGAGGUUGAGGGAACAAAAACACCCCUCCAAAAACCCACUGUGUUGAAAGAUAGCUACGACAAAAAUGGAGGCCUCCUAGACAUUCUGAGCACAUUAUUUGGGAAGUAACAUAGUAAUUUUGUGUAUUAUUGCAUUCUAUUGCACCUUUAAUUGGAUCAAGUCUGUGAUAGUCACUGAGAUAAUAGCCGAGGGGAAAAAAGAGUGUCUGUUGAGAUUUCCUUUAAGUUUCUUUGUGAAUUUAAUAACUUAGAAUCAUAAGGAUUCAGUUUUUAA